UGAGCUCAGUGUCACUUUAUUGAGAGUAGAAAAAAAAUUAACAAAAAUCAUAUUGAAUUUUUCAUUUCUUGAAUUUAUUGUCGAAAAUGGAAAAAGAGGUUACAAAACACAGACAAACUGCGCUAUCGAAAGCUACAAAGAAAUCGCACCGGCUCAAAUAUGAAAACGAAGCUGCCGCACGCUCGGCACUGAUCGAGUUCUGCAUCUACAUGUGCUUUCUGGCGGUGACGAUUAUAGUGGCCUCAUCUUCGCGUAAUUUGUCAAUGUAUUUUUUUAAUGACAGCAUCGACAAUCUAUUCGUAAACCGCGAUCUCAAUGCGCCAGUAUAUGAAGUUGAUCUUGAAUUUGAAAAUUUGGCUACAGUAGCUGAUUUGUGGGGGUUUUUGCAAGGUAAAUGUAUACCCGAUUUACAUGGCGAGGAAGAUGGUGAUGAUGCCGUUGAGAGCGAACAAACAAACCAACGUAGGCGACGCGCACCUGAAGAGGAGCUUAUUUUUCUAACCCAAAAUCUAGUAUUGGGACCACCACGCCUGCGUCAGAUACGUGUGAAAGCGGACACUUGCGAGGUGCACGAGGUGUUUGGCAGAUAUUUCAACAAGUGCUAUGCCGACUAUUCGAAAGCCCAUGAGGAUACGUCCGCUGAAUUUAUGGGUGCUAAAUAUAAGACGCUGAGUGAAUUGAAAGCUCGAUCGUAUUGGGGUAAGAUCACCACUUAUGACAGUGGUGGUUUUGUGAAGGACUUAACCUAUGAUUAUGAAGAGAAUCAGCGAAUUGUGGCAGAUUUGAAGAAGAGAAAGUGGCUGGAUCGCGCCUCCCGUUUGUUUAUGAUUGAGUUUACACUCUUCAAUGCGAAUAAAAAUUUAAUGAAUAAUAUUAAAUUUGUUGCCGAAUUACCACCGACCGGUGGUGUUGUCCCUUCCUAUAGCAUACAAUCAGUCAAAACAAGUUCGGUGUUUUGGAAGGACGGUAUAGUGGUAUUUGUGGCAGGCAUUCUUUUUUAUCUCUUCAUUAUAUAUUACACAAUUGUUGAAAUCCUCGAACUACAUCAUAUGGGUUUGGCGAAUUAUGUGCGCGUAAUGUGGAACUUUGUAGACUUUUGGAUAAUUGCGUUAGCAUAUCUCGCGCUAAUCUACGAUAUCUGGCAUCCAUUCUAUGUGAAUCUAUUAUACAAAAGGUUAGAAGAAAAUCCAAAUGAGUUUCUGGCGUUGGAUACGUUUUGCUUUUGGAAUUUAAUGUAUCGCGAUAUUAUGGCCAUUUGUGCCUUUUUGGUUUGCAUUAAAACAUUUAAAUUCAUUAGUUUCCAUUCAUCAGUGAGACAUUUUUAUGUGACCAUAAGUUCCUGUUUUCGUGAUCUCUUGGGCUUCAGCACCAUGUUCAUCAUUGUCUUUCUGGCCUAUGCUGAAUUGGGUCUGUUAUUAUUCGGCAAUGAACAGAAUGAUUUUCGCAACUUUUAUGAAUCAUUACUAACAAUGGUACGCAUGAUUUUGGGUGAUUUUGAUUAUAGGACUAUGGAAAGGGCAAAUCGCAUACUCGGUCCAAUCUACUUCCUCACUUAUAUACUCCUGGUUUUCUUCAUUUUACUGAAUAUGUUCUUGGCCAUUAUUAAUGAUACCUAUGGUACUGUGAAGAGUGAGGUUAAGGGAGGCCGCAAUUAUUUAUUACUUUAUAUAAGGAAAUUGCUACAUAGAUGGUGCCCCAAAUGUUUCCGCGCGCGGCCGCAGGACGAAGCACAACCAGAAGAUCAGGCAAAACCUUCGCAUCGCAAAGAUGAUGCACCAGAUAAUUUUGAACCCAUCGGACAACAAGAACAACAAAUGCAAGAUGCGAACUCUGCGGCGAUUAGUCGUUUAACAGCGCGUCAAGCCGCUUUGGAGGACGUCAUCGCACAGAUGGUUACCGAUGUUGAUCGAACAAUGCGAAAGGUUUUGCCACGUCGACGUAAAAGACUAACUGUUAGACAAGAAACUUCGUCGGAACCUGAGACCCGUGAAGGCUAAUUUGUGUAAAAAUAGUUCGAGUUCCUUUUUACUUAACAGGAUUAAUGCAUUCGUUAGACUG